AUGUGGUCCUGGUUCGGCGGCGCCGCCGCUCAGAAGCGCAAGGAUGCGCCCAAGAACGCCAUCCUCUUGCUGCGGGAGCAGCUGGACAUGCUGCAGAAGAGAGAGAAGCACCUGGAGCAUUUGAUGGAGGAGCAGGAGGCGGUUGCCCGGAAGAACAUCACGGCGAACAAGAAUGCUGCCAAGGCGGCCCUGCGAAGGAAGAAGGUGCACGAGAAGAACCUGGAACAGACGACGGCGCAGAUCGCCCAGCUCGAACAGCAGAUCUACUCGAUUGAGGCGGCGAAUAUCAACCAGGAGACUUUGAACGCGAUGAAGGCGGCCGGUGCGGCCAUGACGCAAAUCCACGGGUCGAUGACUAUCGACAAGGUCGACGCGACAAUGGAUCAACUCCGCGAACAACACCAACUCAGCGAGGAAAUCGCACAGGUUAUCACGAACAACCCGCUGGGCGAACAGCCCGACGAGAUGGAAUUGGAGGCGGAGCUCGAGGGUCUGGAGCAGGAGGUCAUGGACGAGCGCAUGCUCAAGACCGGCACAGUGCCCGUUGCGGAUCUCAACCGGUUACCCGCCGCAGGCAACAGAGAGCGUAAGCCUUUCCUCUCCAUACCUUUUACUUUCAAGUUCGAAGCCAAAACAAAGCAGACAGAAGAAGAAGAAGACGAGGAAGCAGAAUUGGAAAAGCUGCGCGCCGAGAUGGCCAUGGGCUAG